AUGCGCUGUCCCAUCAGGCUCUGCUUCGUAGCCUCCGUGGCCAUCGGAUUCCUGUGGUUGCUCGUGACUUUGAAGGCCCCCUGGGAAAUCGAAGCGGAUCGAAACAUGAAGGUACAUGUUUAGCUUUUGUCAAUGCCCCAGGACAAUCACAGCAGAAGGAACGACCUGAGACCACUAGAAGAAUGGCAGGAUCUCCACUUCAAGUAUAUGGACACAGUCCAUCAGAGAAGAAAGACGUGGCUGACGGUGGGGAUCUCCUCAGUGCCAGGGCCGAAUCGGAACAGCCUCUCGCACACCCUGGUCUCCCUGUUCCGAGCCUCCUCUAAGGCGAAGCGGAGACAGCUCACCGUGGUGGUCCACCUGGCUGACUCUAACCUCACCUGGCUCAGAGAAACCGUUGUCCAGAUGGCACACCUCUUCAGCCCACAGAUCUUGGCAGGGCAGCUGAUCCUGAUCCACGCCCCGGCUGACGCCUACCCCGCGCUAGGUGACGUCAGGGAUGAGGCCUAUCAGGGGGAGGUGUACUCCAAGCAGAAUGUAGACCACGCCUUCCUCCUGAGCUUCGCUGCAAAGCGCUCUCACUACUUCCUGUUGCUGGAGGACGACGUGUUCUGUGCCCCCAGCUUCAUGAGCCACAUUCGUCAGAAGGUGAACGCCAUGAGCUCGGACGCGUGGGUGCUGCUGGAGUUCUCUAACAUGGGUUUCCUGGGCAAGCUCUUCCGGAGCAAGGACCUCCCAGUGCUGGCCCACUUCCUCCUCCUCUUCUACAAGGAGAAGCCCCUCCACAGGCUGAUCCCUCAUUUCCGCACCCUCAUGGCCCAGAAAGACCCGGUCCUGUGCAGGCCCUUCCUGUUCUACCACCGGAUGGUCUACUACAGCGCCCAGGGCAGCCGCACGGGCCAGGCAGUUCGGAGCAAGGCCCCCUCCAGUCCCGACAACCCGCCCGGAGCCGUGUUCACGGACAUGAAGGUUUUUAGUGUCCACUUCCCCUGGGAGGCCUACACCCUGGACGCAUCUUUCUUCUGGACGCACAGUGUUCGUGCAGGAAGCCACCUGACAGUCAUUUUGAACCACCCAGCGAACUUGAGCAGAGUCCAAGUGCUGACAGGCACCAUCAUGGAUGGAAAGUACACCCUGGAGAGGGGGCACGUGGAGCUGGGCUACGAGCCCGAGGGGGUGCCCCAGUCCUGCACCAGCUUCACCGUGCUGGGCCGCCUCUUGGAAGGGCAGAUGGAUCAGGAGAUAUUUCUGAGACGGAUGAGGUGCCAAGUGAGCUGCGUGAAGCUGGUGGUGGAUGCUGACCAGCCGGGCGGGCUCAUAGUCAGGCAUAUCUCCCUCUGGGAGGAGCACACCAAGGCCGAAAGCAGCGCAGAUAGGUCAGCGAGGGACGGGAAAUAAAGCCUGGACACCACCUCGCUCCGGCCUGUCUGAGGGACGGGGUGCAGGGAAGGAGGGGCAGGGGGAGGAGACUCGGUCAUGCUUUCGGUGCCUCAGAGAUGUCAGGAGGCCUGUCC